AUGGCUCUCUGCUUCUCCAUUACAGGCAACUGUCUCUGCGUCCUAUGGAUGCAGAGACAGAUGAAAGCGGAACAUACCUUAGCUGUUCUGGGACUGCGGGACAUCCACCAAAAUCCAGGACCUACCCUGGUUGUAGAUUCAUGGCCAGUGAAGGACCUUAGCUUCCCUGUGACAAGCUGUAAGACAAUGUUUUGUCUUUCCUCCAGCCUUGGAGACUUCUUGUCGAAAAGAUCGAGGCUCCAAGGUCCCAACCAGCUCCGAACACAAAGACCUUCAAGAACGUUCCCGUUUCAUGUGGUUCCUUGGUGCUUUCUAUUAGGAUUACUCAUGAUGCCAUUGGGCGUGCAGAGUAUAAACUUUACCGUUGGCAUCGUUGGCCCUUGGAAAUGUGACCCACUCUUCUCUAAAGCCUUGCCAGAAUUGGCUGCCCAUUUGGCAGUCAUCAAGAUCAACAAUGACUCAUCACUCGAAUUGACCCAUAAACUGGAUUACAGAAUUCUGGACGAAAAUUGUGAAACUUCGAAAGCUUUAGUGGACUUUGCAGGUUUCCACCAACUUUCUUCGGCAUUUAUAGGCCCACAGAACCCUGGGUAUUGUGAUUCCGCCUCACUUUUAGGCAAAAAUUGGAACAAAGGCAUAUUCUCCUGGGCUUGUGUCAACCAUGACCUGGAUAAUAAAAUUAGUUUUCCAACCUUUGCCAGAACCAUGCCAACGCCAACCAAAGUUCUCUUUCACUUUAUGAAGUAUUUUAGAUGGGCGCAUGUUGGGGUGGUGUCAUCAAAUGAGGAUAUUUGGGUGGACACUGCUCGGAAAGUGGCUGGCGCUCUGAGGAACUAUGGUCUUCCCAUUGGUAUUGUGACCAACAUGGGCAACGGGGAGAAAGGUAUCAAUAAUACAUUGCAAGCGAUAAAGGAAAUACAUGAUCUCCGAGUCAUCAUCAUGUGCAUGCAUUCAGUGCUGGUGGGAGGGGAAGAACAAGCCACCUUUCUAAUAAAAGCCCAUGAGAUGGGACUUACGGACGGAAGAUACGUCUUUGUGCCCUACGACACUUUACUCUACAGCCUUCCCUAUAAAAACAACUCGUACGCAAUCUUUGAUAGUAACAGUAAACUGCAGGAAGCCUAUGACGCGGUGCUCACCAUCACCAUGAACUACGAAGAGAAGUCGUUCUAUGAGGUCUUCGCGGAAUACAAGAUGAAAGGAGAAAUAAGCACCACCCUGGAGCCACAGCAAGUUUCUCCACUAUUUGGAACCAUCUAUAAUUCCAUGUACUUUCUGGCUAAAGCAAUGAGCAGCGCGUGGAAACAAGGGGCCUGGAUAUCAGGAGCAAAUCUUGUGGAACAUACCAAAAACUUGGAUUAUCCCGGAUUUACUCACAUGCUCUACACGGAUGGGAAGGGGAAUGGACUGAGCAGUUUUGUGGUCUUGGACACUGAUGGUAAAGUGAAUCAACUCUUCCCGACCUACUCGGUGGAGAUGUCCUCUAAUUUAGUGCGUUUCUUGGGAAAGACUAUACGUUUUCCAGGUGGGACUCCUCCGCCUGCGGACUCCAGCUGUUGGUUUGAUCCAGACACAUUGUGCAUUGGAGGUAUUGAACCGUCUAUUGUCAUCCUGGUGUUUGGCUUGGUGUUCGCCUUGGCUUUAUGUGGGGUUGGUGUCUCUUAUCUCAUCAGACACAGCAUUCUUCAGAUACAACUGGUGAAAGGACCCAACAAAAUACUAUUGUCUCUGGAUGACCUGACGUUCAUCAACCCCAAGCUGAGCAUAAAGAAGCUGAAUAUUGACAACCUGAGUGACACCAAAAGUGUUUCUGACUGCAAAAGCUUGAAAUCCAUUGCUCGCUCACUGUCCAUUAAAAGCGCGGCAGUCAACUACGAGAACUCAAACGUGGCUGUGUAUGAAGGAGACUGGGUUUGGCUGAAGAAGUUUGAGCCUGGUGCGUACCACGAGCUGCGGCAGAGCACGACCAGCACAUUGCGGAAGAUGAAGGAUUUGAGGAAUGAAAAUGUCAACCCCUUUCUCGCCUUUUUUUCCGACUGCGGCAUUUUUGCUAUUGUGACUGAACAUUGUUCCAGAGGAAGUCUGGAGGAUCUGCUGAGGAACGAGGAUGUCAAGCUGGACUGGAUGUUCAAGUCUUCACUACUAUUAGAUUUGAUUAAGGGAAUGAGAUAUUUACACCACCGGGACUUUCAACAUGGACGUCUGAAGUCGCGCAAUUGCGUGGUGGAUGGAAGAUUUGUCCUGAAGAUCACCGAUUAUGGUUAUAAUGAAAUUGUGGAAAACCAGAAAAUUCCCCGUUGCUCUCCGCCCCCUGGAGAACUGUUUUGGACGGCUCCCGAGCUGCUCCGGGAUCAAAACCUGGCCAGGAGAGGAACCUUUAAAGGGGACGUAUUCAGCUUCGCCAUCAUCCUGCAAGAAGUGGUUGUGCGGGGUCCACCAUACUGCAUGUCAGGACUCUCAGCUGAGGAAAUCAUCAGGAAGGUGAAGAAGCCUCCUCCGUUAUGUCGUCCAACUGUGGCCCUUGACCAGGCCCCCCUGGAGUGCAUUCAGCUCAUGAAGCAAUGUUGGAGUGAAUUAGCAGAAAGGAGGCCGACAUUCGAUGAAAUCUUCGAUCAGUUUAAGACCAUCAACAAAGGCAAGAAAACCAACAUCAUAGACUCCAUGCUGCGGAUGCUGGAACAGUACUCUAGUAAUUUAGAAGAUUUGAUCCGGGAGAGAACGGAGGAGCUGGAGAUCGAAAAACAGAAGACGGAAAAACUGCUCUCACAAAUGCUUCCUCCAUCUGUCGCUGAAGUUCUGAAAAUCGGAGGCACGGUUGAACCGGAAUAUUUUGACCAGGUCACCAUCUACUUCAGUGACAUUGUAGGCUUCACCACCAUAUCAGCCCUGAGUGAGCCCAUCGAGGUGGUCGACCUCCUGAAUGACCUUUACACCCUGUUCGAUGCAGUUCUUGGAAACCAUGACGUGUAUAAGGUGGAGACCAUUGGCGAUGCCUACAUGGUGGCCUCAGGGCUUCCCAAGAGGAACGGAAACAAGCACGCAGCCGAAAUUGCCAACAUGUCUCUAGACAUCCUCUGCUCUGUGGGCACCUUCCAGAUGAGACACAUGCCGGACGUGCCGGUCAGGAUCAGGAUAGGUUUGCACUCAGGACCUUGUGUAGCCGGAGUCGUUGGCCUCACUAUGCCACGUUACUGUCUAUUCGGAGACACUGUGAACACAGCUUCACGAAUGGAAUCCACAGGACUGCCUUACAGAAUCCACGUCAACCAAAGCACGGUGGCCACGCUGCGUGCCCUAAAGGAAAACUAUAAGAUACAAGUUAGAGGGAAAACAGAAUUAAAGGGAAAAGGUAUAGAAGAAACGUACUGGUUAGUAGGAAAAGACGGUUUCACCAAACCAUUACCAAUGCCGCCAGAUGUAAAGCCAGGGUGUAAUGCCCACGGGUUAACAGCGGAUGAAAUUGCAGAGUUCAAAAGAAAAAAAGCGGAAAAGCUGCUUGCUAAACAGGAAGAGAGGAGUAGAGAUGAGACAGGAACCAGUGAGGAAUAA